GUUUGUGGGUUUGGCGUUUUAGCGGGGUGCCGAGACUUCGAGUCCCAUUCACACAGUAUAUAUCCUUUUUCCCACGGGAUCAGGGAGGCUACUCGUACGGGAGAUGGGAGUUUCAUUUUACAUGGUAUGGGGAGGUACAUUCUUAGGCCAGCUUCUACUAGCACGACAUGUUCACUUUUCUUGUUGGAAUGGCGCGCGUUGCAGUUUUCCCAGGCGCACCGGGUGGCCUGAUAGAGCGGCGGCGAUACGGGAGACCAAAAGGGGGACAUCACACGAUACCAUUAUUGAUAUGCAAUCAUCGAUGCAUUGGGCGCUGGGUGAGAAUGGGAAAUGCCAUAAUGGCUUCUUUAGCGGGAUGGUUCUUCCUCGGUUUCAUCGGGUUAUGGGAUCAUGUUCGCGGGGGACAACGGGGCAGGAACAUGGGAAGAAUCUUGCUUUACAUAUUUAUACGCUGGUUCUUAUAGGUAGAUAGAUGCGUGGAAGGAAUUCACAUCUUUAUUCACUAGAAAAGAGGCGUGAUCAUCAUAACAUGGUCAUACAAAGGCAAGGUCU